AGCAGUUUACCGAUCAACGGAAAGAGCCGAAGAGCGCAGCUCGGUCAUGUGAUCAGCUAUGUCCAAUCACAGCUGAUCUCAUGGGACAUGUACACUGAUCAUCAAGGCACUGAUGAUCAGUGUGCCCUGAUGAUCAGUGUAGCCCCAGCAGUGCCACCUGUCAGUGUCCAUCAAUGCCAGCUGUCAGUGCCACUUGCCAGUGCCCAUCAGUGCCACAUCAAUACCACAUAUCAGUGCCACAUAUCAGUGCUCAUCUGAGCUGCCAGUCAGUGCCACCUAUCAGUGCCAGUCAGUGCAACCUAUCAGUGCCGCCUAUCAGUGCCAUAUAUGAGUGCUGCCUUUCAGUGCCCAUCAAUGAUGCCUAUCAGUGCCACCUAUCAGUG